AUGUCAGCAUAUACUUUGCCGAUUGCGGAGGAAACGCUGGAAGGUAAUGGGUCACCCUUACCGACUGGCUGGAUGGCCAAGUGGAGCCCUGAGCAUAAUGCAUGGUACUAUGUCUUUCUUGCUACAGGGGCCACUCAGUGGAAACAUCCCGAGGCCCAACACAAGCAACAACAAUAUCAGGGCCUUCAAGGUCCAGAUCCGAACAUCCCUGCGAUUGAGAAUCAGCCAACUACCAUGGAAGUGGGGAUGGAUACACAAGUCACUGCGGAUGGAGAUCGUGGCCUAGGAAAGACUGCACUGGCCAUGGGUGGAGGCUUUCUGGCUGGCUCUACGCUUCGCAAUAAACUUGAGAAGCAUCACGAAAGCCAUGGCCAACAAAAUGCCCUGGGGAAGAUGGCCCAGUCUGUUACAAUCGCUGGCGCUGGCGCCGUUGGAGCCAAGAUAAUGGGUCUUUUUGGAAACAAGCAGCAAGAGCAGCACGCAGCACCACCCGUACAGACAGCAACUUAUACGCACACGCAAACACAGACGCACUACUAUCCAGUCUAUGUACCUGGACCACAAGUAUCGCCGCCGCCGCUUUGUUAUGGGCAACAUCCACAGAGCACCUCCAGCUAUGCUCACAGUCCCGCUGUUGAAACAGUUGGCGCGACUCCUGAUAUACAGAGUUUGGGCUCGCCAUGGUCUCUUCAAAGCCCUGGUUCUGUAAGUGCAUUCCAGCCUCAGAGUGGCCCACUACUGCAUAUACAUGGUGCCGUGUUUGCAGACAAGAACGUUACGCAAAUAGUUCGAAGCCUGGUAACCCCACAACAAACUCUGCAAAUCAAAGGAGAUUCGCUGGUUGAACACUUUGGGGAUCCAUGGCCUGAGGUGGAAAGAAAGAUGUUCAAUGUGCUGUAUUCCUACGGAGAUCGGCCUAUGGAGCUUCUUGCCGCUGAGUAA